UCCACUUUUCUCGUUUUUUUUCCUCCCUUUAUCCCCUCUUCUUCUGCCUCCCCCAAAUCAUAAUCAUAACCAGAGAGAUAAAAACAACAAAAUCCGGUUAAGGAAACUCCCAAUUUCCUGAACCCAUUUCCCCAUUACAUCAAAUGGGUUGUGUCUCUUCCAAACUGUUUAAAAGGGAAUUUCAGGAAGAAGACGAUAGGAAUUACCCAAACCAUGUCGUCUCUCUCACUUCCAGUACCUAUGGUGUUCUUAAUCUCGACAAGAAGAAUUCCACGGAUAAGUUUCAACAAACAAAUCAAGAACGCGUCAAAGAUUGUGUUGCUGCUGCUGCUGCUGCUGUUAUUGCUACAGACGCAAAGAAGUUGUCGCCACCAAGAACAGAGCCGCCGGAAGUUAUCAAUGCUUGGGAGCUUAUGCAGGGUCUUGAAGAAGAAGCAGUACCAAAGGUGGUUUUGGAGAAGAAGAGUCCCAAAUCCAGAGUUUAUUUAUACGGGUUUGGGGAAAUUGAUCCCAGGAGCCCUUUGAAGUUUCUCAACCAGAUGGCUUCUCCGAGGAAACCCAAGAGGUACGGAGGAAAAGAGAACAAUGGUGGCAAUGGCAAUGUUGUCAAUUCUUCAAGAUCAGAUUAUAGCCCGAAAACCGUAUUGAGAGCAAGUAGUUUGCCAGGGACUACAAAGAAGGCAUCUCCAUUGUUGCGAAGUAGUGCGAGGAAAGCGAGCCCGAAUUACGAGGCGAAAUGCGACAAUUUGAGGGUGGAUUCAGGGGUGGUUUUAUCAAGGAGAAGAAGUUUAGGCCCUCUGUUCGAUCCAGAACUGGUGGCUUCAUUCGAGAAAGAAAUGUCCGAAGAGAAAGAGCACAUCAAGAAGAUGGUUUCAGGGACUCCUAACAAGCUACAGAACCGAAAAUCGCAGGACUCAUCUGCAUUUCUUCAACAAUUUGAGCAAAAAUGCCCUCCUGGAGGUGAGAAUGCAGUUGUUAUUUACACAACCACGCUUAGGGGAAUAAGGAAGACGUUUGAAGAUUGUAACACAGCCAGAGCAGUGAUUGAAUCGCACCAGGUUCAAAUGUUUGAGCGUGAUAUAUCUAUGCAUUCUGGGUUCAAGCAUGAGUUGAGAGGCCUAAUGGGCACAAAAGAAGUGAAAGUUCCGCUUGUUUUCGUGAAGGGAAGGUUAAUUGGCGGGGCAGAUGAGAUGGUAAAGUUGGAGGAAGAUGGGAAGCUGAGCAUUUUGUUCAGUGGGAUCCCAAAGGUUGCGUCUGUCUGCAAUGGCUGUGCAGGGUUCAGAUUUGUGAUGUGUAUGGAUUGUAAUGGCAGUUGUAAAGUAUUGGAUGGGAGUGGAAAGAAGACAGUCAAAUGUGCCGAGUGCAAUGAGAAUGGAUUGGUCCAAUGUCCAUUCUGUUCUUGAAUAUUUAUUAACUCAUAAUUUGAUCUGAUGCUGCAAAGCUAACUUCUUCCAUUGGAUUGUUGUUUCCAGGUUUGUACUGAUGAUGGUGUUUAUUAGUAUUUGAUUUGUAAAAUUUAGAUUUUGAUGAGGUCUUGGCGGAAAGACCUCUCUGCGUUUAAGAUACUGUUAGUCCACUUUGUUUAUUGUAUUUGGGGAUUCUUGAAAGUGUAUGUACUUUUGGACCCAUCUAGAUCUUUUGGUAUUUUUUUUUUUUUAUAUAUUGUUUUCUUGUCUUUACGCAUGCUUGUGGAUCUUUAGGGAUGACCGGGACCAGGAAUUAAUGUCGUAUAGGUUAUAGAACUUUGAUCAAGAUUGUGUGCUGAAAACGAUGUAUGAUCACCGGAUUUAUUAGACUAUUACAGGGUUAAGAUUCAAGAGGAGACUCUCUUUCAGAUUAUCUUAAUUGUUUAUUACUGAAAUUCUCACAGAUGUAGUAGUAGUAUUGCUUCUUUAACCUGGUAAGAGUUUGGCG